AUGGACGAUGCUGAAAUCGAAGCCGUCCUGAAGUGGCUCGGAUCUUCAUCUUCAAGCAGAGAGGUGGAAAGGGAACAGCUGCGAGAUAGACCCUUGGCAUUCUUGGAAUCGCACCUCGACCUUCUCCCGUCUCACCUCCUGGUGCUCUUCAGCAAAGCACUUUCCGUGCGUCAGCGAGGGCAGGUGGCUAGAAUUCGUGAGCGACGCAGACACUUUGCCGAAGCGAAGCGGCCGGAGCAAUUGUCGAUUACUGAGGCAAGAGCGCGGGACCCGCUGGCCUUCAAGCAGUACAUGGGCCGGGCCGAACUCGGCAGCAGCAGGAUGGGAUCACAACCACCCGCAUCACGCCUACAACAAACCUCUGCAUCUUCACCUUCGGCACCGCUUGAGGGACAAAGGGAGAAAGUGACGGAUCCUGAAGACGUAAUGAAUCAGCCGCGGUUCCAGAAGCUCGUCAAACGAUACGAUGAGGAAGAGCUGCUCGGCACUCUGAGACAGCAGGAGGAGCGUGAAGCAGAGACUAUCGAGGAGGUCGAGUCCGACGAGCAGGAAGAAGAGGAAGAGGAGGAGGAAGUCUCGGAAGGAGAAAGACCCAGCAAUGAGCCCAAAGAAGAAGACGCCAUUGCAGAGGAGCAGAAUAAUGAAAAGGACUUCCAAACAUACAUCCUUCAAAGGUUUAUCCAAGGUGAUCCUCGCCUGCCUGCAUCUCUGUAUGCAUGUGAUUUCGAUGACGUAUGGGACGGAGACGUGCAAGUGGGAGCCAACGCAAGGGACGCACAGAACCUCGACGACAGGAUUAGGCGAGCGCCGAAACGCUCCAGCGAGGAAGCAUGGUUCGAUGAAGAGGAAGAAAGCUAA